UCCUUGAUAAUUUGAUAAAAUUGUUUAGUUUUUGGACGCAAACGCCAAAAUCGCAACCCAAAAGCAGUGUGCCACCACAAUCGUUUCAGCCCCGAAUCGAAGAAUUUCCCAACAUAGCAAAACCGUUUCAGCAGCAAGGGUCUACUUAAUAACUUAUUUCACUUUUCCAUCUCUUUCAUUUCAGUAAUAGAUUGUGGAUAUUCAUAGAAAAAGAAUGAGAAGCGAAGUCUUCCAAACAGCUAACAUCUAUCGCCAUCUUCUCAAGGCAGUCAAGAAGCAUAUUGGGAAAGAAGAGAACAAGAGACAUUUUUUAGAAUAUGUAACCUCCGAAUUCCACAAGAACCGAAAUCUGUCUGAUGGUGUGGCUGUCCAACAGAAAAUAAAGCUUGCUCGCGAUUAUACUUUGCUGCUUAACAGUGUGCACCAUCACAAGGAUUUACUUUUCUCGUAUAACAUUGCAAUUGAUAGAUCAGAUGAAGUGAAAAGGACACUUGGAAAAUCUGCUGCAAGUGUUGGUCUUCAGCUUCCUGAGGUUUAUCGAUCAUAAUGAUUGGCUGUAUUGAUUUUUGCAUGUAUGAAACUUGGCUUUGUACUACCCCAAAGAAGGGUUUUUUCACGCACACUAUUGGUAAUCACCAAAGCAGUUGGUUUUGGUUGAUUGGAAGUUUCUACAUAAUGAAAAUAGUUUUGUAGCUAUUUAUUAAGAUUGAAAAUUUCAAAUAAAAAGAGGAGUAAGCAUCAAGGAGGAUGAAAAAACUAUAAUAUUUAUGCCUUACUUCAUGUUUUUUUGUAAUAACAAGAACUAUUGUCAUUGUGUAAUAGACCUUUGUUUCAGGGUUAAUGUAUUUCCAUGUCUCUUCACAGCAACUAUUGUCAUUGUGUAAUAGACCUUUGUUUUAGGGUUAAUGGCUUUCUGAGAUAGUUUAUA